AUGGAUUCAAGUCUUUUCUCAGAUGAGACAACAAUACCUCAAUUUUAUCAACCCUAUUCACAAUCUAUCCUUGGAAAUGAAUUUGCAUUUCAAUAAACACUUGGAUUUCACUAAGGAAGUGUAAGGUCACUUGGUACUCUAGAUUCUGGGUAUUUACUUAGUGGAUCAGUAGAUACAUCAACCAAAUUGUAUAUGCUGAAUAAUGCAACAGGAAGAUAUUCUUUUGAGAAGGAAAUGAAGUAUCACACAGGUUUCGUAUACAGCAUUACUCCAUCGUAAAUUUAACAAUUUAUAGCUUAUAGGAUAUUAUAAGAUGGCUUCUUCACAGGCAGUAAAGAUACUAAUAUUUUCAAAGUCGAUCUUCUCGGAAACCCUGUCAUGCUUUACGAGGGACACGAAGAUGCAGUCAACAGUCUCAGCUAAUGCAUUCCUGAGGAGCUUGUUAGUGGAUCAUGGGAUGGGUAAUACAUUAUUAAUAAAUUAUACUAAUUUAGAACUGCUAAAAUAUGGGAUGUAGAGACAGGAAAAGUUAAAGAGACAUUAGGCGGUCACUAGUAUGGUGUGGCUGUUUUAACUUUACCAAAUGGUAUCACUCUUACUGGUAGUGCUGACAAAAAGAUCAGAAUAUGGUUCAAAGGAAAUAUGGAGAAAGAGAUUGACGCUCAUAGUGACGUUAUUAGAGAUUUUGUUGAAAUUCCGGGACUGGGAUUCGCAUCUUGUUCAAAUGACGAGACAGUUAAGAUAUGGACACUUGACGGAUAAAAUCUGGCAGAGUUGAAAGGUCAUAAUGGAUUUAUCUUCUCACUUUGCACUCUAGACUCAGGAGAGUUAUUAUCUGCUAGUGAUGAUAAGACUGUCAAAAUCUGGAGAGAUGGCACAUGUGUAUAAACCAUAGAUCACCCAAGAACAAUAUGGAAAGUAACUAAGAAUCAUCUUGGAGAUAUUAUAACAGGCGGUGAAGAUUAUAAGAUUAGAACUUUCACUAGGGAUCCAUCAAGAGUUGAACAUGGAGAGCCACUUAGAGAUUUUGAAGAUGAAAUUAAAGCUUCCUAAAGUGGUGAGUAACUGAAUAUGGAUACACUCCCUACAAUCCAGUAAAUGACUUCAAUGAAAGGCAAGGAAGGUGAAAUUAAGGUGUUCAAGAAUGGCACUAAUGCAGAAGCUUACUGUUGGAAAGGCUCUCAGUGGGAGAAGAUCGGUGAUGUCAUUAGUCCACCAGGUGGAGGUCAAGCCAAAUACUACUAAGGUGAUUAGCAUUUUGAAGAGGGUGACUAUGAUCAUAUUUUUGAUGUAGAUCUUGGUGAUGGACUUUUGAGAAAAUUACCAUUUGACGAUGGCGCUAAUGCCCUUGAUUCUGCUUUGAAAUUCAUUGCAAGAGAAGGUUUGGGUCGUGGGUACCAAGAAUAGGUCAGAGCAUUCAUUCAGCAAAACUCUAAGAAUUUUGCUACCAGUGACAAUGCCAACAAGAAGAAGGGAUUAUUCGGAUCUAGUGCUGUUCAAGCCCCAGUUAAAUCCAAAUAUCAAGCAAUGAAAGAUCUGCUCUUUUUUGAUUAGAUAGCUAUUGACGGACCAAAGAAAAAGCUGCUUGAGUUCAACUCAGAAACACAGAUAAUGGAUGCAAAAGAAAUUGAGACUUUAGACAGUUUACUUGAAUUAAUCAAGAACAAAGCCUUUUAUCACUCAAGUAAAGUAUCUAAGCAGGGCUAUGAAUUAGUGAGAAAGAUAUUAAAAUUCCCAUGUGAUAAGGCUUUUCCAAGCCUUGAUAUUUACAGAAUGUUCCUAAUGCAUCCAUCAUCAUCAGAGAACUUUAAGGUCUUUGAAACUGGAAUUGAAUCCCUUUCGCUUUUGAUAUCCUAUAUUAGAGAAUAAAGUAGUCCACAAGCCACAUAAUUGAUGGGAUUGAGAUGCAUCGUUAAUUUAUUCAAGUACCCAUCACCUAUUUUUAUUCUUAAAAGCAAGAGAUAAUUUAUCGUAGACAACAUUGCUCAUUUAAUUUAAAGUGAUAAUAAAAACGUGAGAAAUGCUUUGAUUACAAUUUACCUAAACUACUCAGUCCUAUUCCUCGACUCAGAAGAUCCAGAGGGGAAAAUUCAAAUCAUUAGCGCCUUGUCAGAUUAGGUUAGCAAAGAGACUGAUGAACAGAACAGAUUGAGACUCAAGACUACAUUGCAGAAUUUCAUGGUAAAUGACAAUGAUGCUGAAGGAUUUAUUAAUAGCUUUGGCAUUAAUAUUGAAAAGCUGUGA